AUGUCCAACCACCUGCACAUGGGUCAACAGAAGUAUCCGACGGUUUAUUCUUCACUGACCAAGGGGAGUGGAUCAUCUCUGUGUAAGGAUAGGUUCUUCAACCAAGAACAGAAUGAACAGCCACCCACCCACACACCAGUCACCACAGGCCUCACUCCCACCACAGCCUACACCUCACCUGGAUACCAGACCGUGCCCAUGGAGGAGCUAUCCAAGCAGGUAGACAGUGAUAUCGUAAGGCCCAAGUCCAAACCAUCUCUCUUCUCCAAUCUAGAAGGGACAUCUCCCAUGGACAAGGUAACUCAAGGCAGGAUUCCCGACAGAUUUGGCGAUCCUGGAGACCCUGGUGGCUCCGGGUACCAUGGUGGUGGUGGCAACCACAGAGGCUUUAGCAGAAAGGCAGGUAUGGUGGUUCCCCAGGAGGAGGACCCCCUGGAGACCCUUGGGAUCCCGAUGGCGGUGGUGACCCUCCAGCUGGCCCUGGAGGAGGUGGAGGAGGAGACGGUCCCAGACGCAAGUUGUUCCAUGCUAAACCCGAUGCCAAUGCGUACCCCACCCUCAAGUCCAAACAAGGAUUUCGACCAAUGGUACAGCGUGUUUAUAACAACGGCUAGGGCACAGGGAUUCUACGCUCUCUUCGACUCCAAUUAUGUGCCAUUGGACCAGGAGUCAGCUUCUGAGCUCCGUAGAUGA